GCGUGGUGUAGACGGAAACGGCACGGGCUUGUGGUGGUAGACUGCGGCGAUACAAAAGGUGGAAAUCAGGGAUACGCGACUACUUGCUGUCGCAUGCUCGGAGGGUGAGCUACUCGCUGGACACUCCCUACCCACAGACAACAGCGCGGAGGUAGAUGAUCACCGGGAGGAGUUUCAUCACCAUUCUUUGUGACGUCAGCUCGCUCUCUUUGACAGAUCGAUCCACCGCAGCAUCGACCCCAGGCAUCUCUGGUCACCAACUCCACUAAAGUCGGGAGAUUCUCGCAAGCUGCAACCUUGUAUCUGACAACUAUGGAGAUAGAACUUCUGAAAUCUCUCAUUGCCCACGACUCCUUGUGGGUAUUUGCUUAUGGGUCGUUGCUAUGGAAACCAUGCUUUAAGUACAGCCGGCAGGUCGUUGGUCACAUCAAGGGAUUCAAGCGACGGUUUUAUCAGGGGAACACGAAUUUACGGGGGACACCAGCUAAGCCUGGUCGUGUGGCUAUACUGGUCCCAGACCCACAGGAAGUGACGUGGGGCGUGGCCUACGAGAUCCGCGGCAGGCUGCACGUGGAGCAUGCGCUGCAGAACCUGUACGUGCGUGAAAACACCUGCGGCGGCUACGAGGGCAUGCAAGUCACCUUCCAUCCGCGCCCCAGCAACACCAGCGACGACUGCCCAGCCUUCGACGUGCUGUGCUUCACUGCCACGCCCUCCUCCCACCUGUACAUGGGCGCCGCUGACGUCACUACCAUGGCGCUGGAGGUGGUGGCAGCGCGCGGCACGGCCGGACCCAACACCGAGUACGUCCUGCGGACGGCGGAGUACGUCCACCACCAUAUUCCCGAGGACAAGGACCAGCACCUGCUGGAGCUGGAGCUGGCCAUCAGGCAGUGCCUGCUGACUCUACAUCUACUGCCGGAGCAUGCACUGACCUUAGGCCAGGUAGCUGCUGUCGUCUAGCAUCGAUGUGACGUCAGCAAAUGUCACGUGGUAGGCGUGCAACCAAUGAACGCCAUGGCGCAACGUGCCAAGCAAGCUGUGAUGCUGUUUGAGCUUACUUUUGUGAGUGUGUGUGUGUGUUGGAGGUGAUUGUGUGUGUGUGUGUUGACUGAUGAUCACCAUACAUCUGGACGGCACGUAACGGUCUCCACCUCCAUGACUAGAAGCCACCUGGUGGCAGCAAGGUGUCAACAGCAGGUCUGUAGACAUCUCCAGUGAUGAAAGCAAGUAAGAGCCAUGCUGUGCUGGUGCCAGCCGCUCGUCGUCAAACGUCCAUGAACAUUUAUUUUCUUGGUAUAUUUGGGGCUUUUUUAAUGAAGGUAUUAAGAUUUUCAUGCUGGAACUUCUUGCCGUUUGCACACGUACUCUCGUCAGUUUUUAUUGACACUGAAACACAACCACAGAGCUUGAUGGGCUUGUCUCGAACAUCGAUGGAGUUUGUUGUUUACAAAAGUAUUCGGUGUGUGAAACUAGAUCUCAUGACCUGACAGAACACGCUAAAGAAAUGUUUUUCUGACUUGGCAAAGGGGUCAAACAAAUUGUAUAUCAUUCCAAAAACUUACAGUCUCCUCCUCCCUCGUGGGUUUGUGUAUGUUCAGGGACAAUCAUUGUACAGGACGCGGCUAAAUAGGGGAGAAGGAGUUAUGUAUGUGAUGUUGAACCUGUUUGUGUGCGUGUGUGUGUGUUGGGGUGUAGUGCGUGCGUUUGUGAGAGUGAGCGGGUUGGAAGAGAGAGCGAUGCAAUGACCAUUUCAUGUCUCUUGUCUGUUAUUCUCUUGUUCCCAACACCGGUGAAUGAUGUUCACGUUAGUCAAGAAGUGUUUAACUUAUUUACUGUUGUCUAUGUCAAUCACAUUGCCAGGGACAGAGCUUAAACAUCGACAUUCAACAUCAGUGUCUCUUCAUUAAUUGACAUGUAGUUCAUUUUUAUUACAAAAUGUUUCACCCUUUAUGGUGGGCAGUCUGUAGACCGUGAUGUUAUGUUUUACACACGCAGGCACGCAAGCACACACACAUACACACACAAAUUAUGUAUAUUCCGAGACAAUCUGUCAGGAGGUAGAGGAGACAUUAUGAGCUGAAGAGGCACCUACCACUGACCAGGUCUAAUCCUGACCUCACACUCAUCACAGUUAACACACGAAGGUAUCGUUAUUCAACACAAAAGAAAUAUGUUGAUUCUUUGUCUCCAUUCACACCGAUUUUUCCGGUGUUCGUAUCCCGGUCAGGGUCUGUUUCUGUUAAGACUAUCACUUGAUCAGAUUUUUACUUUCUCGGGAAUAACGCUUGUAAGUAGAUGAUAUGGCAGUCUAGACAAUGUAUUGUCGGUAUCAUUACUUUAUGUAGUUGUAUGCCUUAGGGGCAUUUCAAACCACAAAAUAAAGGAUGCAAAUGAUU